CGUAAAUCCCCAACACGGGAGAAGCUCUAGAGUCGGAAACACGUGCGCUCGCACACACACGCAUCCACGGUAGUCACUUGGAGAUGGCCGGAAGAAACGGUGAGCUGAAGCUAGUCGGGCAGUGGGCGAGCCCGUUCGUCACCAGAGUGAAACUUGCGCUCAACCUCAAGGGCCUCAGCUACGAGUACGUCGAGGAGGACCUUAGGAACAAGAGCGAGCUACUUCUAAGCAUCAACCCGGUGCACAAGUCAGUGCCCGUGCUGAUCCAUAACGGGAAGGCCAUCUGCGAAUCGCAAGCCAUCCUGCACUACAUCGACGAGGCCUUCGCUGGCGCCGGCCCAUCUCUUCUCCCCGCCGACCCUUACGAACGCGCCGUUGCUCGCUUCUGGGUCGCCUACAUUGAUGACAAGCUAGCACCACCGUGGGAUCGGGUGUUCAGGGCCAAGACGGACGAGGAGCGAGACGAGGCGAUGAUGCAGAUUUUCUCUGCGGCGGGCGCUCUGGAGGGAGGCCUGAGGGAGUGUUCUAAGGGGAAGGACUUCUUCGGCGGCGACAGCGUUGGGUACGUUGACAUCGUUGUGGGGAGCUUAGUCCCGUGGGUGAAGGCGACCAGCGUGCUCGCCGGUGCUGAGCUCGUCGACGCCGCCAAGAUGCCGCUCCUGGCCGCGUGGAUGGACCGGUUCGGCGAGCUCGAGACGGCCAAGGCGGUCUUGCAGGACGUUGACAGCUUGGUCGAGCACGGCAGGAUGCUGAUGGCAAAAAAUGCCGCCCGGGCUUGAAACAACUACGGUGGUCUGAGUUUGUGGCCUGCAUCUGUCAGUUGAUCGAUGUGUGAUUAGUUUCAUGCUCAAACAUGUAUGUUCUGUACUUCUGUAGGCUCGCAGAAUACAGAUUUGUACGGUCAUUCUGUUCUUCUCUUGGAGUGUCUUGUAUGUUUUCUGAACCCGUUUCUCUCUGUCAAUGUGUUCUUUGUUUUCAGAACAGUAUAGAGGUAAGACUUUCUCAAGCUAAUCAAAUUUUCAACAAUGUCUCUGU